GCCAUCCCCUGGAUCCCCAUGUACCCCCUACCCGUAAUUUCUGUAUCCCACUGGUAGGCCAUUGCACACGGGACAUUGUAGCUAUGCCCCGCGUAACUUUCAGACCGCCGCUCUUCAAUUCUGCGAGUCCCUGGGCUACCACAAAGACUGAUCUACAGGAGCUCUACAACUCUCCCUUCACCGGUGCCGUGACCACCCGCACUUCGCUCCUUGCGCCAUUUCACCACAACCCCUCCAUCCACCAACACACCCUUUUCGAUUCCCCCGCAACUAGUCUCAACACGUACGGCUACUCUCCCCAUCCCCUGAGCUUCUACCUCGAUGCCGUGGAGUCUAUAAUUACGGACACCGGCAAACCGCAGACGAAGCCCUUCAUUAUAUCCAUCACCGGCACUCCCGAGGAGGUUGCCGAGGCUGUAACCGCUGUUGACGACGUCGCCCGAGUUGGUUACAAUCUCCUGGUUGAGCUUAAUCUGUCCUGCCCGAACAUUCCCGAUAAGCCGCCUCCCGCCUAUUCCCUGCCGGAGUUGAACGCGUACUUGGACUUGCUGUCGGGGCUGAAGGCAACGCUUCCGAUUGGACUCAAGACGCCACCCUACACCUAUGAUGCUCAAUUCCAGGUCCUUUUAUCCGCCUUGGGAGCGCACCCUUCGCUAGUAUCCUUCAUCACCUCAACAAAUACUCUGGGAUCUUCCCUACACCUUUCCCCGCAGCCCUCGCUGGCUGUAUCCGGGGGCGGGCGGGCUGUGUACCGGCCGACUUUGUCGUCUCCUGCUGGGACGGGGAUAGGUGGACUAGGUGGUGCCUCUAUUCAUUGGCUGAGUCUAGGGAAUGUUAGCACCAUCCGACGGAUGUUGGAUCGGGCCCAGGGGCUGGAGGACAUAGCGAUUAUCGGCGUCGGCGGAGUGGGUGAUGGAGAUGGAUGGCAGAGAAUGUUGAGCGUUGGAGCAGAAGGUGUGGGGGUUGCUACAGCGCUCGGAGAGAAUGGCGUCGGCGUGUUUGCGAAGAUUUCGAGAGAGGAUUAGCUGUACUGUACGUACCGGUAUGUUUAUUCGAGCACUAGAGGGUUUGUGCAGUCUGAUGGGAGAUAUCGAUAGUGUUGUUAGGGGCUUUCGCUCCCACUAAAUCCCAUGAACCCCCCGGCACCGGGCCUCUCAAAUGGUUAUACAGUGGCAAAUUCCCGAGUAUCUUGAAACCGCCCCUGCCAAGAUUAUGCUCGGGGGGCACAGUCGCAUAAUCGUACCUUCAUAAAAUCGUAUGAGUACAGCAUAGUUAAGUUUAGCAUUAGGCCGACCCACGCCUCGAUCAGGUGGGAUCUAGGAAGCGGGUCUCCAAGCCUUGUCAUUGACUGAUGUUAUGAUAGCACCAUCCGGCCAUUCCUGCGUAAAGCCUCUAAACUGCUUCCCUAAGCUCAUCGCACCUCGUGAAAUCCUUAGAAGCCAAGAUAUAUCGAGAGGCCAGU